GUUCCGAAAGGAGCUUUUGACAGGAGGGUGCGACUUAAUACGUCUGAGUGUGAGAUGUUAUCGAAAUCUAAAACGUAAUAAAAAAAUAUAUAUAUAUAUAAAACUCAAUCUUACUACAGCAAAAUGUAAGCUCUGCUCUUGCUCCGAAAUCUCGAAAGGAGAAGAGCAAACAGGAGAGAGAUCAUGAUAUGUAAAAACAUAUAUUAUUGAAGUGUGUGUAUAUACGUAUAAUAUACUGCGUAGAAGAAAACGUAAUUCCACGCCCGCGAAGGAACAGGGAUCGCCAGGACAACGAGCGGGCGAAAUGUGCGCGUUAGGGGGAAAGCUUGGCGAAUUGGUGGCUAAAAUGUCGUGGGGGUAGGAGAAGCCAGAGGGUGGCGAAGUUACGCGGCGUGGAGAACGGAAAGCUCGCGAGGUCGUACUCGCGAUCGGUCUGUCUGCACGACUACAGCUUCUUCUCUCGACGAGGGUGAGAACCUACCCCCCUUUUUCAAACGCGCAGUUUACAUUUUCUGUCAUCAUCGUGUGAAAGCAAACGUCGCCGAGAUGCAACGAAGAAUCAUGAUACUGCUCGUGGCUUCAGCCCUCAUUCUGGCGGUUCAAUCAGCAAACCCGCUAAGAUGCUACUCGUGCAUCUCGCUGCAUGACAAAAAUUGCAAUUCCUCUAUAUCAGAGACGAACUCGUUGCAAGUGAAGGAUUGUACCAUUCCCAACCUAAGAGAAUGGCAGACAGGCAUCUCGAAGCAUGCGACCCUUGGAGUAAUUUCACAAUAUUUCUACGUCGACGAUCCGCGACAACCCGUUGAUUAUCAAACCCACAUUAUUCCCAUGGCUUGCGCCAAAAUAGACCUUAAAAUCAAUAAUAAAGACGUGACCAUAAGAACAUGCCAAACGGCUAAAACGAAGGACGCUGAUCCUUGUGAGAAGAUGAGAAGAGAAAUACACAAAAAAAACCUCGCCACGGUGGAGCAAUGCCAUCUUUGUGUCACAGACAUCUGCAACGGUUCAACACUUUUGUCUCCCGAAAUAUUUUACAUCCUUCUGUCGUUCCUCGGCGCCUUUAUUCACGUUGCUUUUUAUUAUUGGGCGUAAUCACCGUUCGCGUUCACCAUUUUGCUCGCGCAUUUCUUAAAAAAAAAAAAAAAAAAAAUGCCAUAUAAUAGAUAAUCAUUCGACAUCAUAUUUGUUAUAUAUAACUGUAUAUUUCAACCAAUAAUAGUCUUCCACAUAAUUAGUACAUAUAUGUACUAAUAAUGGAGACGAAUAUAUAUAUACACACACAUCAUAUAAUUUAUCAUUACUUGUACUUAAUAACGCGCUAUGUUGAAUUAUGCAGGCGUUGCAGGGGUGAUUACAACGCAAAAAUAUGAAUUCGUCGCAAAAAUCGCGAACAAAAACAACUUAUGUAAGUAUAUAUAUUUGUAUUUUGUGUAUACUCGCGGUUCGUUAUGCUUAUAUACAUGUAUACAUUAAAUAUAUAUAAGCUGUCCCCGCCUUUAAAAAAAAAGGGAAAAGAAAAUUCGCGCAUUUUCUCUAGCAUAAUUUACGGUGAAUUCUUAAACAGUUCUUCCCUAUAUAAUCAAUAUUGGACGGCAAAUCGUCGUUUAUCAACAUUUUUCUAAUUUUCUAUAUUAUAUCAAUAUUUUUGAACAGAAUAGCUAAUGUUGUCUUUUCACUCGAAAGAGAAAAUGAACGCUUUAUAUAUUUGUACGUACAUAUACUUCCUCAUUUUUGCUUCCAGUCUAUAUACAAUAUUGUUGUAUUACAUACUUGUAGAAAAAGAAAUAGAGGUAGAAAAAGAGAAAGGGAAAAAAA